GGGAACUCGGCAACCAUGAUUAUGGAGGGAUCCCGGGGGGCGAGCACACAGAGGCCAGUCCUGGGCACACCCGGCUCCAGCUCAGCCACCACCAUGUCUCUGACCAAGGCUGAGAAGACCAUCAUCCUGUCCAUGUGGGGCAAGAUCUCCACUCAGGCGGAUGCCGUUGGCACCCAGGCCCUGGAGAGGCUCUUCGCCAGCUACCCGCAGACCAAGACCUACUUCCCGCACUUCGACCUGCGCCCGGGCUCCGCGCACCUGCGCACGCACGGCGCCAAGGUGGCGGCCGCCCUGGGCGAUGCGGUCAAGAGCAUCGACAACAUCGCGGGCGCCCUGUCCAAGCUGAGUGAGAUGCACGCCUACGUUCUGCGCGUGGACCCGGUCAACUUCAAGCUCCUGUCCCACUGUCUGCUGGUCACGGUGGCCUCGCACUUCCCCGCUGACUUCACGGCCGACGCCCAUACCGCCUGGGACAAGUUCCUGUCCAUCGUGUCCUGCGUCCUGACCGAGAAGUACCGCUGAGCGCCGCCGCCAGGCCGGGGGCCGGCUGCGACCCCGCCCCUGACCCUGCAACUUCCCUCAAUUUCCCCCCAAUAAAUGGAUGCGGAUGGAA